UAUGAAAUCUACGACUUAAGCUCUAAUUCGUGGAGGGUUCUUGAUGUCGCUUCCGACUGGCAUAUAGAUUUUUAUGCACGUGGCGUGUCUCUCAAGGGAAAUACUUAUUGGUUUUCUCGAGAAAGGUAUCCAGCUAAACCAGCAGUUGGAGAACCAUUCGAGGUUGCUGAUUUCUUUAUUUUCGACUUUACAACCGAAAGAUUUGGUCCGCGUCUUAGCCUGCCCUUUCACACUGGGUUUGAAUGUACGGUAACUCUUUCUAGUGUUCGAGAGGAGCAGCUUGCCGUGUUAUUUAAUGUUGAUUACUUGUUGCGUAUGGAGAUUUGGGUUACAACCAAGAUUGAGCCUGAAGAGGUUUCGUGGAACAAGUUGUUCUUAGCAGUGAAUAUGGAACCAUUCUUAGAUUUUCAGUUUGGAAUGUCACAAGGAAGUUUCUUCCUUGACGAAGAGAAGAGAGUCGUUGUGGUUUUUGAUAAAGACACAGAUAUGCGUUUCACUCUCAACAUAGCUUAUGUCAUUGGAGAGGGUGGAUAUUUCAGACAAGUAGACCUCGGAGAAUCUGUAGAAUAUCAUCGUCUAUUUGGGUGCUCAUAUGUUCCAAGCUUAGCCCAAAUCAAGCAAUGAGACCAAA